AGAAGUUGGCCGAACCAAGAAGCAGAGAUCUUGAAAAAAAAUGCUCUCCAUGUACGUUAAAAAGACAGAGGAUAUGCAUAAACUCGUUGAGUUUUUCAGACAAGCAAGUGUUACGAUCAAGUCAGCACUUUUAUCUUAUUUGGCUUAAUUUUUAGGCUGAUGUGGUUCUAGAAAAUAGGAGUCAGUCAGCUAAAAUUAUUUCGUACGUAAGACGCACCCGGUCAUACUUUUUGACGUCAUUGUUCUGCUUCUUCGAACAACAGCCAAUCACCGCUGUGGUUAAAAUGGGGCUCUCAAAAAUAAGCCAAUGAAAUGCGAAAGGAUAUUCCGUUGAAUACGAUGCCUUCAUGUCGGCCAUUAGGUAGUACGAAGCCCAGUGGCUGUAAACAAAAUGACUAGCCACCGGAUAGGAGUAAACCUUCGGGUUUCAGGAAAUUGUGAUCAAGGUGCAAGGAAAUAUAUGGAAGACAAUCAUGUGAUCAAGUUUCUGAAAAAGGAUACAGAUGAUUAUGAAUUUGCUUAUUUCGGUAUCUUUGAUGGUCACGGUGGACCCGAAGCCUCAGCAUUCUGCAGAGACAAUCUUCUGAAUGAAAUCACCAAAUAUGAUGGAUUUUGGACAGAUGACGACGAGCAAGUUUUGUCGGCGAUUCGGAAAGGAUUUUUGGAUACACAUAAUGCGAUGUGGAAUGUUUUGGACACUUGGCCCAAGACGGUGACAGGUCUGCCGAGCACAGCGGGGAGCACUGCCACUGUAGCAAUCAUCAAACAGGGCAAACUCUAUACAGGACAUGUUGGUGAUUCUGGCCUGGUGCUGGGGGAGAACGAUGCCUACGCCACUGACCAGUUUCCUGUGCAGGCCAUCUGUGUCACAAAGGAGCAUAAACCUGAUGACCCAGAUGAGCGUCUUCGCAUUGAGGAUGCUGGGGGUGAGGUGAUCAACAAGAGUGGUGUACCGCGUGUGGUGUGGAGCCGACCCAAGACGAAUCACAAAGGCCCGAUACGCCGUAGCACACAGAUUGACCAAAUUCCUUUCCUCGCUGUUGCUCGCUCGCUAGGUGACUUGUGGAGCUAUGAUUAUUACACUGAGACGUAUGUGGUGUCCCCUGAUCCUGAUGUGGCCGUGCUCCGCCUGGACCCGACCAAACAUCGCUGCCUCAUUCUGGCCUCGGACGGCCUCUGGAACAUGCUCACUCCGGAGGAAACGGUCAACAUGGUGAUGGACUUGGAGACACAGUUUGAGCAGAGAAUAAUCAACGACCCUAAUGUUGCUGUCAGCUUUUGGAGUAACCCGGCCGAGCGUCUAGUGGCCAGAGCACUGAACAAGUGGCGAUCAAAAGCCCUGAAGGCUGACAACACUUCCUGCGUGGUUGUGCUCGUUGACCCAUUGGGACCCUCCAAACUGACGCUACUCAAACGGAAGAGACAGGAGCUGCUUUCGGGGGGAGAAAUUACGCCCAGUCAAAUCAACAAAUUCUCUUCACUGCCGACAACAUCUCAGAUCAAGACCCUCGCAACGACCAAGACUCCGGCAGAGACAGACGCCAUGGGCAAACAUCACAACCGAAAUGCCAACUGCAGCUUGAGCGACAGCCACUUGCGGAUCACAGAUGACUCCAUGAUUCAAGGAUUGGACGAGCAAGAUCCUCAAGGGGGCAGCACUGUGACCAAAAGAUCAUAUGGAGGGCAGAGAGCUUCGUACAACCCGGGCAACGAGAGUGUCAAUGACAGUAUUCAGUUCAUCCCCGAGGACAAACCGUGGAACUUGCGACACUCCUUGAGGAAGUCAGAAAGUGGGAACAUGUCCCACAACGCUAGCUCCUUGAGACACGAGACUUCUAUGAUGAAGAAGAUGCAUCCAUCGUCUCACCCACCCGUCAGCAGGAUGGACACUUCCCACGGGCCCGAACGUUUUCGCAGGGGAGACGAUUCUGUUUUCACACGUCUGGUGGACAGCAAGGUGACCUCGGGUAUCCCUGGUGACAGAGAGAUCUUGAAGGAUCUCAAACGGGGCAAAGCUUCUCACAAAUAUGACAGCUCUUUCUCUGCACACAAAAAUGUGAUGAGUCGCCUAAUUGUGGAUGAGCACAUGGGCGGUUUUGAUGAAGACGUCGAAAUUGAAAAAGAUUCCGACUCGGAAGAUGAUGAAGACUCAAUUCCACAGCCUCCACCUUCUACUCCAUGCUCCAGUGAGGAAAAGGCUGUGGGGGGAGGUGAGAGUGACGGAGAGAACUCUCUUCAUAGUUCAGCGGAUGUCACAGAUUUGGCUUUUUCUCUAGCGUCAGACGAGAGCCUGGAGUCUCCUGAGACCUCAGUAGAGGAAAGACCCCGCACUCCUCUCAGUGCCCCAGCUAAACUGUCUUCAUCUCGCAGUCGCAGGCAUCAGAUCUCACGUAGUGCGAAAAGAAAACUGGUUGUCAGGCCAGGGAAGAAGGUCAACAUUUUAAAACAGGCGGCUGGGACAAAGAGCCGAAGUACUGCAGCCUCAUCUCCUCUGUUCAAAGUGCCCUUGAACCCUCAGAAGUCAACAGGGGUCUCCUCACCUCUGACCAGAACCUCAUUGUCGCUAAAAAGCUCACAGAAAGUGACAAGUAAAAAUGCUUCUACGUGCACCAGUGGUUCGCGCAUCACAGCCGAGGGCUCCAGUAAAUUUCAGUCCCCACCGAAGCAGGUGUUGAACAUGUCAAAGAGCAUGAACGAAGUAACGCCUAAAAACAAGAAAGAUGCUGUGAGCUCCGUGUCAUGCACAGGGCUCACCCCAGACAUGAGCCUCCUAUUGACAGAAAAGAGGGCUGUUGGGCACCCUGCAGGUUCCGUCAAAGAUAUAUCUACGCAUUACUAUCCCAUCUUGACAUCAAACAAGCUGGACUCUGACUGUUCUUCGACCCUGCGCUCAAAGGACGACAACUUCAUGGUUGUCGAUGAUCCUGACCCGACAACUAUGCCCUCCGUCAAUCCAUCGGAGCCACUGAAACAGCUCAACAAGACAGGGCCCAUUCGCAAAAGCGGCUCCAAGCGGUGGGGAAAUUUUCUGAGGGCGUCCAAACUGGGCUUGGACAACAUUUUCCACCACGGAAGCAAGAAAGGCUCGGAUAACAAGCGAACAUCUGUGUCCACCGGCAAGCUAGAGACGGAGCUGCAGCGGGCCGCCAAAGUGUCGUCGACGUCGGCAAAGAACUCGUCCAUGUCGACGUCGAGGCUGGGCGACCUGAGCCUGGUACAUCUUCCCGACGUGACGGUCAGCCAUCUUGCCGACGUUACUGUGGACGCCUCGACUUUGGAUGACGGGGACCUGACCACGUUGUCUGCCCUGUCAGCCGAAGACAGCCUUCUCAGUGCAGCUGUCCUUGGCCGGGACCCGGCCGGUCAUCACAGUAUGCUGGAGGAGGGGCCUGCCGGGAAGGCAACAAAACACCGCAAAGGUUUCCUUCAGAAAACCCGAUUCACCUUGAGCCGUGCCCGGAAGGCCGCCAAAAAGGCGUUUUUCCCUGAAAAUCACAGACUUUUUAACCACAAGUCUGCCGGAAAGAAAAGAAAAAGUGAUGAGUUUUUACCAAGUCCGAGCUUGAAGAAACGAAGGCAUGUUGAAGCUGAUUGUUGACCUCUCUUACUCCAUUAAAAAAAAUUCAUGACCAAGACAUCUAUGGCACAUAGAUGGAUCCAUUUUUAAAAGGCAACCUUUAAACAAUGUUGUAUUUUUAGAAGUUCUUGCAAUGUAAUAUAAUAUAUAAACACCAUAUGGAAAAUAUGCAAAUGGUUAAUGAAUGCAUUGCUAUUGCUUUGCCUUUUUUAGUUUUAAUGAAACCUGUUUAAGAUACAAGGGUUUUUAUACGCUUUUCUUAUUUAGAAAUACAAUUUUAUGCUAUACUUUCUAAUUUUAAUGAUUAGGUGCUUUAAAGCAGUUUUCAUCAAUUUUCAAAAGUGCAAUAUCCUCCUUUUAUGUUCUUAAGAAAAGACAAAAAUGUAGUCUUCUGUUCAGUUCGAUAGGUUAGCUGUAUAUGAGUUAGGUGAAAUGAGGUACAGUUUCAUGUGUCUGAAAGUUGUUUACAAAUGCUAUUUUUUAAUCAUACUGUAAGAGUAUCUUAUUUUCAAUAGAAUGAAAGCUUUAAUUUGUUGAUUUCUAUUUUUUUUUGGUGACUAUUGUAAAAUUUUAAAAAGAAUUUAAGGAUUUUAGCCUGACCAUAGGGAAAUGUAAGCUACACUCUUUACAGUUUUGAAGGUAGAUGACCAGGCAGCUUUUAGCACAUGUAUAUUUUGUGAAUGUAACUUAUCUGCCCUUUUGUUCAAUAUGUCAUUUCCUCUAAUUUAUUCUUUGAAACACGUGAAACAUUCUUGCCUCUAUGGCUGUCGUUUUGUAAUUAAUUUUCAAUCACCUAACUGGCACUAUUGACUCUGGAUAACUUGGAGAUCUUUGACCUUUGCUUCAAUUGUCCUAUAGUGGUGUUGUGAAUGCCGGUGUCUGUCAUAUAGUGGUUAGGUUGUUGCAACUGGGAGAAGUGAGUGGGGAGAAUUUUUAUUGAGCAUCUCGGUCUUUCUCCUGUGAUGUUGUAUCCAUCUCAGCAAUCUUUAGGGUGUCAAAAUGCAUACGUUUUAAGAAAACAUUUUUAGACGUUGUAAAUUGUGUAGCGUGUUACUCAUUCACUGAAAAUUUGGCUUGCUCUAUGAAAAGUCAGCAGGUAAAUCUCACACUGUAGGAUUGUAGACACUAGCAGCCUUUCACAGUUUUGUUGUUCGUGUUAGAAUUCCUCACUAUGUGGGGGUUUAGCAUGCACUUUUUCUUGCCUUGAAGUAUAGUGGGAACUAUUUCUUGCAUGGCUUGCUCUAUGAAUUAAUUUAACAAGUUUGGGGACAUCUGUUACUUCACUCAGGACUCCAUGUCGACUUACUGAAAAUGCAUUGUGAUUUCUGUCCCUAGUUUCCUGGGACUGUUUUGGAUUCGGCAGUCAAGAAUUUGAGAGCUAUAUCACAUACACUGCACCAAAAGCAGCCCCACUUGAUGUAAUUCUCUCCAUUGUCAGGCCAACUGAAGUUCUAUAACAUUGGGUGUUCCACAUUGGGUUUUGAAAAAGCUAGCAAGCCUGGUACGGUCAAAUAUUGCUCCAUAACAAACAGUUGCAGUGUCAAAAUGUUAUUGUGGUUCUUUGAGCUUUCAAGCGAGAGUGUGAAUGCUGUUUUCUGAUAAAAAACCCGGAAACUUUUAAAUUGUUUUGUUGAGAAAAUGUUCUGGAUGGAUGCUUGCUUUACACUUUUUAACUGCACAUGGCUUUGGUGUUCCAUGUCCUUCAUCAGGCACUUCUUGAGGGGUUUCACUGUCAUUUCUAUACAACCAUUUCUAGGCUUUUCGUUGUAUGUGAGCAUCUGUUCUUUUGUGGGUGUGGCUUUUGACUUUUUGUGCCAGUGGGAAGUGCAUGUGUAGCCGAACCUGUUUAAGACAACCACUAAUUAUUGAGGAGAAAAGUGGUUAUCUUACACAGGUGGUCCUCUUGGAUAGUGUUAUAUUAUGAUAUAGAAAAAAUGUAAGGGGACAAUUGGGAAGUGGUCAUUCAUACAGGUGAUUGUCUGGGAUACGUGUUCAUUAAAGCAGUUUUGACUGAGUUUACCGGCAACAGGACUAUAAUACCAAGUUUUCAUUAUGUAUAGAAGGGACCUGGGCUAAGGAGGGUGCCAGCUUAAUUGAUUAGGAUAUGUUUGUAGGAAUUAAAUCAUGGCCUCAGAACUUUCAAAUCGACUACUGUUUUGAGAUGUUACAGUGAAGAAUCGUGAGACUGAGCUGUUAACAUUACACCUUGUUUGUAACACUCUUGACAGAUGUUUUCUUGGUGGGGCCACCCCAUUUACAAAUACCCAAUGUAUAUGUCUCAGAUAUGUAAGUGAAGGUGAAACCCUCCUUGAAGGGCUUAUCAGCAGCUGUGUGUGGUGAUUUUUUUAUCUCUAAUCUUAAUCUGAACCUACCCUUUUCCCUGUAAUUUUGCAUCUUUCUCCUAUCCGUCCCUAUUGUAUUCACUAUGACAAUUU